GCCCCUCCCCGGCGCAGAAUAAAUCGCUGAUCUCAUGCCCUGCGCGGCCGGAGCCCUCGGGCUCAGCCGCGGGACUCGCUCCAGGCACGAUCCGGACGCCCCCCAGCCAUGACGUCAUACCGGCAGGAGCUGGAGAAGUACCGGGACAUCGACGAGGACAAAAUCCUGCAGGAAUUGUCCCCCGAGGAACUGGCCCAGCUGGACAUGGAGCUGAUGGAGAUGGACCCCGAGAACGUGCUGCUGCCGGCGGGGCUGAGGCAGCGGGACCAGACCCAGAAGAGCCCCACGGGCCCCCUGGAUCGGGAGGCGCUGCUGCAGCACCUGGAAAAGCAGGCGCUGGAGGCCGAGGAGCGCCAGGACCUGGUGCCCUUCACGGGCGAGAAGAAAGGGAAGCCGUUUGUGCCCAAGAACCCGACGCGGGAGAUCCCCCGGGAGGAGCAGAUCACGCUGGAGCCGGAGCUGGAGGAGGCCCUGGCCAACGCCACCGAGGCCGAGAUGUGUGACAUCGCCGCCAUCCUGGGCAUGUACACCCUGAUGAGCAACAAGCAGUACUACGAUGCCAUCUGCAGCGGGAACAUCUCCAACACCGAGGGCAUCAACAGUGUGGUCAAACCUGACUCGUACAAGCCGGUCCCGGACGAGCCCCCAAACCCCACGGACGUGGAGGAGACGCUGCGGAGGAUCCAGGAGGACGACGCGACCCUGGAGGACGUGAACCUCAACAACAUCAAGGACAUUCCCAUCUCCACGCUCAAGGCCAUCUGCGAGGCCAUGAAAACCAACACCCACGUCAAGAGGCUCAGCCUGGUGGCCACCAGGAGCAACGACCCCGUGGCCCACGCGGUGGCCGAGAUGCUGAUGGAGAACAAGACCCUGCAGAGCCUCAACAUCGAGUCCAACUUCAUCACGAGCGCGGGGAUGAGGAGCAUCAUCCAGGCCGUGCCCCACAGCCCCGCCCUGGCCGAGCUGCGCGUGGACAACCAGGUGGGCACC